CAUUACGUACUAGCAUGCUUGCGUUCGCGGUAUACUUGUACUGCGGCCCCUACACUGUCGAUCCAAUUUCUUGAACGAUUUAAAGCACCAUUUAAUACUCUGUGGUCAAAAUUCGGUGAUUUUAUAUCUCACUGGUUAAGCCCGUACAUAUUGAGUUUAAACAGGCAAAAUCAAAGGUGAUAAAAUGAGUGGGAUUGAGCCAUCAAAAUUGAAGGUCGCCGAGCUUCGUGCGGAACUGCAGGCGCGUGGGCUUGAUUCCAAGGGAGUGAAGGCUGUGCUUAUUGAGCGAUUGGAAAACGCUUUGCUCGAUGAUGCUGAGGAAGUUGGAAAUGAAGAUGAACCGACCGAGGCAGAAGGAGAUGACAAUUUUGAUGACGAUGUAGUAGAACUGGCACAAGAAGCGCUCCCAGAAGCAGAACAAGGAUUUGGUGAUGAAUUUGGAAUUGGAUUUUCAGGGGAUCAGGAAGGCACCGGCCAAGAAGCUGACGAUGAUCUCUUGCAAGAAGGUGAAGAGGGUGGAGAUGACCAGCUCUUAGCAGACUUGGAGAUUCCUCCCGCAAUGGAGGAACCAGAAGCUGAAGCAGCACCUCAAGAUGUUGAUGAACCCCAAGAGGAAGAGUCUAUGCAACAAGAGGUAGAAGCUGUGCCUCAAGUCACAGAAGAUGCACCACAAGCAGUGGAGGAACAGGGGCAGGAUGAACAGCAACCAGAAGGCAUGGAGCAAGCAGUAGAGAAGGAAGGGGAAAAUGGAGAGCAGACUGGGGAUGGAGACAAAAAAGAAGAAGACAAAGACAAGGAAAGGAAACGAGACCAUGAAAACAGGAACCGUGAUCGCCGAUCUGGAGGCAGGGAUCGAUCUCCUAGAAGAAGAACACCCCCUCCUGUGACCAUGGAAGAAGAUGAUGAUAUUCCAGACACACAGUGUGUGCUCAGCAAAUACCUCUCCGACUUGAAUCUGAAAAUUGGUAAGGAUGGCUACAAUAUCUGUCCCCUCAGCAUGGAAGGAUUCGCAUACAUGUGGGGAGGAGUCAAGGCUACCCAUGGAGUGAACAAAGGAAAGGUCGCAUUCGAAUGCAAGCUGGAGUCCCAAGCUGAUGUACGUCACCUUCCCCCUGAAGAGAACAACAGACAUGUUGUCCGUGUAGGAUGGUCCAUUGAUGCUUCUUCUCUUCAGUUAGGAGAGGAAGACUUUUCCUUUGGGUAUGGUGGAACAGGAAAGGCAUCAGUCAAAUGCAAGUUUGUGGACUUUGGAGAGAAGUUUGGCGUGGGUGAUGUCAUCGGGGCAUACGUGGACUUUGAAGGAGAGAAGCCUACCAUCUCGUACACCAAGAAUGGAACUGACCUUGGUGUUGCUUUCACCAUUGAGGAAGAUCUGAAUGGUCAAGCCCUGUUCCCUCAUUUCAUGGUCAAGAACAUCUCAGUUGAGGUCAACUUUGGCCAGAAGGAGGAGCCAUAUUUUCCUUUAAAGGAAGGAUUCUCUUUCCUAGGUCAGCUACCCGCCGAGGACACAGAACGUGGACCUAAACCUCCUGCAACCAAGAAGGAUUGCGAGCUGCUGAUGAUGGUGGGUCUGCCUGGCUCUGGCAAGACAACAUGGACCAUCAAGGCUUGCAAGGAGAUGACCGACAAGAAGUACUACAUCCUUGGUACCAACCUCAUCAUGGAUAAGAUGAAGGUGAUGGGGCUCCGCCGUUCGCGCAACUAUGCCGGCCGUUUUGACAAGUUGAUGGACUUGGCUACCAAGUGCUUGAAUCGAUUCUUUGAAGUUGCAGCCCGGAAGCGCCGUAAUUACAUUCUUGACCAGACAAAUGUGUAUCCCUCCGCAAGAAGAAGAAAAAUGCGCCCUUUUGAGGGUUUCAGCACCAAAGCAAUCGUAUUAGUUCCCUCUGAGGAAGAGUUUAAGAAGCGGAUCGAAAAACGCACUAAAGAAGAAGGCAAGGACGUCCCGGACCAUGCUGUGAAUGAGAUGAAAGCCAACUUUGAGCUCCCUGAGAAGGGUGUGCUCUUUGAUGAGGUGGAGUACAUUGAGCUGAAUGAGGAAGAGUGCAAGCCCCUGGUAGAGCGCUACCGUAAAGAAGGCAAAGAGGCUGGAGGACUCAAACCUCGCUUUGACCGUCGUCCUGGUGGAAGAGACUUCCGAGGAGGCUAUGACCGUGGUGGAUACGGCCGUUAUGACGAUCGACGAGGAGGCUAUGGUGGGGGCGGUGGCUAUCGCUCUGGCUCUGAUUAUGGUGACCGUCGUGGAGGCUAUGGUGGUGGAGGAGGAGGAGGUGGAUACAGAGGAGGCUACCGUGAAGGAGGUUGGAACCGUGGAGGAGGCGGAGGUGGUGGAUAUGGUGGUGGACGUGGCGGCGGUGGAGGAUACAACAGUGGUGGAUACGGAGGCAGUGGUGGCUACGGUGGUGGACGCGGCGGUGGCGGAGGAGGAGGAUACAACAGUGGUGGAUACAACAGUGGUGGCGGUAACCGUGGAAGCUCAAGCUAUGGAAGUGGUGGUAGCAGCAACUACAAGGGCAACUCAAGCUCUGGUAGCUAUGGAAGCCAGAGUAGUGGUGGAAGCUAUGGCAAUCGUCAGAACCAAAGCUCCCAAAGCUCCUACAACAAAUACGGAAACCAGUCCAACUACCAACAGAAUAAGCAGUCAAGUUACAACCAGCAGCAGUCCUCCUACGGCAGUGGCAGUGGCAGUUCAGCAAGCAACUAUAGCUCAAACCAAGGCUAUGGUUCCUCAUCAAACUACAGCAACACUUCAGCCGGGUAUGGUGGUAGCAGUAGCAGCAACACCACGGCCGCUGCCGCCGCUCCCGCCAGCACCGGCUACAACCAGGGCAGCCAAAGCUCUUACAACCAGUCAUACCAACAACAGACCCCACAACAAAACCAAUCAACCCAGCAACAGUACGCCAACUACCAACAGCAGUAUCAGCAAUACUACCAACAAAACCCUCAGUAUGCCCAGCAGUAUGCUCAGUACUACGGCAACUAUGGCAACUAUGGAGGUUCUGGGUCCACUCAGUAAAAGAGGUAGUCAAAGAACAAGGUUGGGAUGAUUAUCCAUCAGACAUGGGUAGUCCGUCCAAAUCUUUGCUCUUUGAUUUGUUCAGGUUUCUCUGUGAGUAGGUUGACCUCAAUAAGUCUUGUUGAUUUUUUAGAACUUGCAUGAUAUUUUCUGACUCUUUCAAAUGUAUAUUUAGCAAGAUAUGGAUAUCUGUGUAUUGUACCCCACUAGAAUUAAAAAAUCUGGAUGACAAACACAAUAACCUAUAGAAUGAAAAAUGGUGUAAAUAUACAGUUUGAAAGGAAAUCGCAAAAAGAAAGAAGGAUAAGUGAAUACAGUGGGUAACAGAUUCUAAAAAUGUCAAAUAUAAGACAGUGUGUAAAUAGUAAUAAAAUGAGGGAGAUUAUCAAUGUUUGUAUUUUUAAAAUGUCGUUUUAUGGAUUGAAACGUUAGAUUUUGUAUUAGUUUAUUUUUCGAUUUUUGUUGGAUUUGAUUUACACACAAAAUGAAACUUUUGGUAUGUCAGUGAGGUUUUCUGUCCAUUGUGAUAUUUGUUUACUAGUAAUCAUGAAAAUAAUUUUGCAUUCUUAAUUAGUCUCCAUGUGUCCGUUUUACAGUUGAAAAACAUUCCGACAUCAGGAUUUGUUAUGAAUCUAGUCUUUGCUUCUGGAUACACCACUACACAUUUUCUUUUAGUAUUUGAUAAAUUGUGUGUCAUUUCAGUAGAUUUACAGCAGCUUUUACUAAAAGUGAUCCGGAGGUAAAAAGUCAAACGGUGAAUAUCAUUGUGCUGUAUAUGAUGUGUUGUGUUUUAUGUGUACGUUAUUGAACCAGUAAGUCAUCAUACCUGUAAGAAGUUAAAGCAGAAAAUUGAAGUUCAUGUUUUUAGAUACUCCCUCUAGUGAAAAUAUAAUCAAUAUAUAUCGCACAUAUAAAAGAAGGGAUUCUAAGAUUACAAAAAACCUAUAAGAGGACUUCAUUGAACGUAAAGAAAUCAACCAUACACAUCAAUAAUAGAGACAUCAAACCUACAUGUAAAUACAUACUUUCAUGUUAAUGCAAUUACUGCUAUUUGAAUCUUAUUCUUGCCUUCACUUUGAGAAGAGCAUUGGUUCUAUGAUGAUUACUGAAAUGUGUUUCUUAAUUUUGUACAUACAUUUAUUAUGCAAAUUUGAUGGUAAGGAAUGUUUUGUUAGAUGUAGUCUUGUUGAUUAUCUCAAUCCAUCUACCAUGCUAUCUCAGGAGACAGAAGACUCUUUCCUGACUUAAUAAAUUUCUGAACUGUGAA